AUGAAGAUGGUUGACAUCAACUUUAACUAUUUUACCCACGAGGGGUUAGAACUAGAGAAGAAAAAGCUCAUUCUUAAGCUAAAGGAAGAGUCCAUUUCUCAAGAUGGAAAGGAAUUUUGGGCUAAGGCAGAGAAAAUACAAGAGCAAUAUGAAGAUCCAUAUAGAAAAUUAGAAUAUACAAGCAGGAAGCUGUUCGCUUCAUUUAAAAAAGAGGCACAGACAGAGUUUGAAUUGAAAUUCUGGACACAAAUAGAAGAAAUGAGAGGCGCAUAUAGGUAUCCCGAUGAUAAAGGCGUCAUCUGUGAAGAUAAAGAUGGAGAAACAGAGAACGAAGACGAUACCAUUCAAACUAAAACCGAUUCUGUACAACAAGAAUCCAGCAAUGGUCAAGAUGAAGCCAGAAACAAGCAAUAUAAUUUUGAUCAGAAACAAGAUGAAACGGAUAAUAAAGAAAGUGACAAAUAUGACAAACUAGCAGAGGCAGCAGCUAAAAACCAGGACAUCACACAGACAACCCCUGAGCCUCCCUCUCUAGCUCACGUCCACCAAGAGGAAGAUCAUACAUUGAUAGAUAUAUCUUUGAAGAACGACAUUGAACUGGACAUUCCGGACAAAAACGAGAGGAAACUAAUGGUAAAGGAUGAAAAGAAGAAGGAAAAAAGAAUAAACAAGUUAUUAAUAGCUGACAAAAAAAGAAGGCAGAAGGAAUCUAAAAAAUUGAAAACAAAAGAAGGACUUGAAAAGGCCAAAAAAUCAACCUUCAGUGAUUUCAUGAGAACUCUGACGUCAUGUUUCCGGAAACAAAAAAAGUAGAAGAAAAAUAGAUUGGUUAUUUGUUUUGUGGUCG